CUCUCUCCAAUAAGCACUUUCAAACACCAUAGACGAGAAAAGCUUCAGUUUUCCAAAGGGGAAUAAUUAAUAUAAUUCUUUUCUUUUUCAGUUCAAUUUUUUUACUUCUUUGAAAUGGUUUAAGGCUUUGUGGAGAGAUUCAAAAUCCUACUCUCUGGGGGAAAGAGAGAAAUAGGUUUACACUUCAAUGGGUCUUUGCACUUCCAAACCCUCCUCAAAUCCUUCGUUUUCUCCUCCUGAUUCUAGAAAUACCCAUAUCUCUCCGCAGAAUAACGAUAUCCACCGUAAGUCUAACUCUAUUCCGGCUUCUCCCUUACCCGAUGGAGUAGACCGUAACCAAGACCAGAACCCGAAGGAAGAUCAAGGUAAAGAAGAAGUAGAAGAAAAGGAAAGCUCAAUUUCCAACAAUGAAGGCAAGAAAUCGCCGUUUUUCCCGUUUUACAGUCCCAGUCCAGCUCAUUACUUGUUUUCCAAGAAGUCCCCGGCGAGAUCUUCGACCAAUUCGACUCCGAAACGGUUUUUCAGGAGGCCGUUCCCUCCGCCGUCUCCGGCUAAGCACAUUAAGGCCGUUCUUGCUCGGAGGCACGGGUCUGUGAAGCCUAAUGAGGCCGCGAUUCCAGAAGGAAGCGAGGCGGAGGCGGGAGCAACCGGUACUGGACUGGAUAAGAGCUUCGGGUUCUCGAAGCACUUUGGGAGCAAAUAUGAGAUCGGAGACGAAGUAGGAAGAGGCCAUUUCGGUUAUACCUGUGCGGCGAAGUUUAAGAAAGGAGAGCUUAAAGGACAACAAGUUGCCGUUAAAGUUAUACCUAAAGCGAAGAUGACCACCGCAAUUGCCAUUGAAGAUGUUAGAAGGGAGGUAAAAAUAUUAAGAGCUCUUUCUGGACAUAGCAAUUUAGUACAAUUCUACGAUGCCUAUGAGGACCAUGAUAAUGUCUACAUAGUGAUGGAGUUAUGUGAAGGAGGGGAGCUCUUGGACAGAAUUCUUUCAAGGGGUGGAAAAUACACUGAGGAUGAUGCAAAAGCUGUGAUGGUUCAGAUACUUAAUGUUGUUGCCUUCUGCCAUCUUCAGGGGGUUGUGCACCGGGAUCUUAAACCUGAGAACUUCUUGUUUACGUCAAAGGAUGAAAGUUCACAUUUGAAGGCCAUAGACUUUGGCUUGUCUGAUUUUGUGAAACCAGAUGAAAGGCUUAAUGACAUUGUUGGUAGUGCAUACUAUGUAGCACCAGAAGUUCUACAUAGGUCUUACAGUACAGAAGCAGAUGUCUGGAGUAUAGGUGUGAUUGCUUAUAUUCUUUUGUGCGGUAGUCGUCCAUUUUGGGCACGAACAGAGUCUGGGAUUUUUCGAGCUGUUCUAAAAGCUGAUCCAAGUUUUGACGAAGCACCUUGGCCAUCUCUAUCCGCUGAGGCUAGGGAUUUUGUGAAGUGCUUACUGAAUAAGGACCCAAGGAAAAGAUUGACUGCUUCCCAAGCCUUGAGUCAUCCCUGGAUAAAAACGUGUAAUGAUGUAAAAGUGCCCUUGGAUAUACAGAUAUUCAAACUCUUGAAGGCUUACCUGCGCUCUUCAUCUCUUCGGAAGGCUGCGUUAAGGGCCCUGUGUAAAACUUUGACUGCAGAUGAGCUAUUUUAUUUGAAGGAGCAGUUUCAACUAUUUGAACCAAAUAAAAAUGGCACUAUAAGCUUAGAAAAUAUUAAAGCGGUUCUGAUGAAAAAUGCAACAGAUGCCAUGAAGGAUUCUCGCAUCCCUGAGUUUCUUGCAUCACUAAAUGCACUUCAAUACAGACGGAUGGACUUUAAUGAAUUCUGUGCAGCUGCAUUAAGUGUGCAUCAGCUUGAGGCUCUUGAUCGGUGGGAACAACAUGCACGUUGUGCUUAUGAACUCUUUGAGAAGGAUGGAAAUAGACCUAUUGUCAUCGAAGAGCUAGCUUCGGAGCUUGGACUGAGCCCAUCCGUGCCUGUUCAUGCAGUUCUUAAUGACUGGAUUAGGCACACUGAUGGGAAGCUAAGUUUUCUCGGAUUUGUCAAAUUGUUGCACGGUGUAUCUAGCCGAACCCUCACAAAAGCUCAAUAGAAGCCGUGAAACUUACAAAAGAGCUCCAAGAAUUACAUGUUUCUUGAGCUUGGUUUGCAUAAAUAAAUGAAUCAGGUGAGGUCUUCGGUAGCUAAGCCAGAGUAUGACAAGUGGUAGAGUGAAUUUUGCAGUCUCAAUCACCGCGUCCCACCUCAAAGCUCUUCGGUUAUGGCUUAUUUCCUUUCGUCUGGCACAAGCUUUAUUAAAAAAAAAAUGAAUGAAUGAAAAACACAUGAUUGAAGCCAUGAGCCUCAUGCAAGUGCAACUUAACAUUGACAAAGCUUUUAGUCAUUUUUAUGUUUGUUUCCUCGGUAAAGUUGUAGUU